CAUCAUAAUCUGGGGAAAGAGCAUAAGCCGCUCAUAUCCAGGGAAAGGACUUCAAGUUUCUCUGCUUCUAGCAUCUCCAAGUUCUGGGAAGCUGCCUCUUUGUAUUUGUAAAGCACAGCUUUUACAGAAGAAGAUUAAUUGUGCUGGGAACGUAAUUAUUCCAUGCCUUUGACAAAUGACAUGGAGAAAAUUGGAGGACAUAGUUAUGUGGUUAAAUAACUAUUUCAAGCUAAAAAGGGCACAGUUUAUAAUAUCUGACCACAAAGCGCUACAGUGAAAAUUAAUAAUGAAGCUUUAAAUCAGGAAAUUAUUAGAGACAUAGAACGAAAACCACUUUUCUAAAAUUUGGAUCAAAAGGAAAUCAAAACUGUAAUUACUGACAAUUAAGGAAAUAGUGGCAGUGAUGGGAUAAAGUAUUAUAAUGUGUGGCAUAUGACAAAAGUAUAAUUAAUAGGAAAACUUCAGACCCAUGAUUUUUAUUAAGGGAAAGAGAAAACAAAGUGUACACUGAACACUCAUGCUGAGAUAAUGUUGCUGAAAGACUAUGAGGGAGAUAGUUUCUAAAAUCGAAAAAGAGUAGGUGUAAAUUGGUAGAUUAGAAAAAAAUAGGCUGCAGACUGCAUCUUAGGGAAACAUGUGCAUCCAAAGGGUUCUCCGUCAGUCUUGAUACUGCAUUCACUGUUAGAAGACCAUCAGUGUUUUGUGUGAUGUCUUUCAUGUGUGUUUCCAUCUCCGGUGCAUGGAUUCUAAGGUAGCCAUGAAAGGGCUUAUCCAGGAGAUCCCUGAGGUCAGAUACAAAUGUGUGGGUGAGUGCAGCCUCCUUUGAGUAGUUGUUUCUGUUAGUAUCUUGAUGUGGGCUGGAACCUCGGUAAACCUGGUUAGUAUUUCCCUAGAUUAGAAUCUUCAUUCAGGGAUUUUCCAAAUUAAAUUUCAUGUUCAAAUAUAUACAAAAGAAACAGCAGAAGUAAAAACUGUUACAGAACAUGGCUUUUUAGAAGUAAUAAGUUAUUCCUGGGUGAAUUAUUAAAAAACAAUCAAAUAUCAUUAUGAGCUAGUGUUGCCAUUACGAGACACGGUUAAAAAGAGUAAGGGGGAAAGAGGAAAAGCUGUGCUACUAUGUCACGGUGUAAAGUAAGAAUCCAGAAGUUUGAAACAUAAGCUCUUAGAAGAGGACAUUGCCAUUAUUUUGAAAGACCUCAUCUUAAGCAAGAGAUUUGCUCAUCAGUUAUUGACUGAACGUCUACCGUGCUGGAAGCGCUGUCCUAGUCUGGUGAAGGCAAUGGAAGAAUAUCUGGAUGGAGUGGCCGGACGGGAGCAGCUUUUGGCUCAGCAAAGAAUGCACAGUAUGAUCAGCUCAGUGGAUGUGAAAUCCGAGGUUCCUAUGGGCCUGGAGCCCAUCUCACCUUUAGACCUAAGGACAGACCUCAGGGUGAUGAUGCCUGUGGUGGAUCCUGUUGUCCGUGAGAAGCAGCUGCAGCAGGAGUUACUUCUCAUCCAGCAGCAACAGCAAAUCCAAAAGCAGCUCCUGAUAGCAGAGUUCCAGAAGCAGCAUGAGAAUCUGACCAGACAGCACCAGGCUCAGCUCCAGGAGCACAUCAAGUUACAACAGGAACUUCUAGCCAUAAAACAACAGCAAGAACUCCUAGAAAAGGAGCAGAAACUGGAGCAGCAGAGGCAAGAACAGGAAGUAGAGAGGCAUCGCAGAGAGCAACAGCUUCCUCCUCUCAGAGGCAAAGAUAGAGGACGAGAAAGGGCAGUGGCGAGCACAGAAGUAAAGCAGAAGCUUCAAGAAUUCCUGUUGAGCAAAUCAGCAACGAAAGACACUCCAGCCAAUGGAAAGAAUCAUUCCGUGAGCCGCCAUCCCAAGCUCUGGUACACGGCUGCCCACCACACAUCACUGGAUCAAAGUUCUCCGCCCCUCAGCGGAACAUCGCCGUCCUACAAGUACACAUUGCCAGGAGCCCAAGAUGCCAAGGAUGAUUUCCCCUUGAGAAAAACUGCCUCAGAGCCCAACUUGAAGGUGCGGUCCAGGUUAAAACAGAAAGUGGCAGAGAGGAGAAGCAGCCCCUUACUCAGGCGGAAGGAUGGAAAUGUUGUCACUUCAUUCAAGAAGCGAGUGUUUGAGGUGGCAGAAUCCUCAGUCAGCAGUAGCUCUCCAGGGUCAGGUCCCAGCUCACCAAACAAUGGGCCGGCUGGAAAUGUUACUGAAAAUGAGGCUUCAGUUUUGCCUCCCACCGCUCACCCAGAGCAACUGGUUCCUCAGCAGCGCAUUCUAAUUCACGAAGACUCCAUGAACCUGCUGAGUCUCUAUACCUCCCCCUCGCUGCCCAACAUCACCCUGGGACUCCCAGCAGUGGCAUCCCCCCUCAACGCUUCUAAUUCACUCAAAGAAAAGCAGAAGUGUGAGACACAGAUGCUCAGGCAAGGUGUUCCUCUGCCUGGCCAGUAUGGCAGUGGCAUUGCAGCGCCCUCCAGCCACGCUCAUGUAGCAUUGGAGGGAAAGCCCAACAGCAGCCACCAAGCCCUCCUGCAGCACCUACUGUUGAAGGAACAAAUGCGACAGCAAAAGCUUCUUGUGGCUGGUGGAGUCCCCUUACAUCCUCAGUCUCCUCUGGCAACAAAAGAAAGAAUUUCACCAGGUAUCAGAGGUACCCACAAAUUGCCCCGUCACCGACCCCUGAAUCGAACCCAGUCUGCACCCUUGCCUCAGAGCACCCUGGCUCAGCUGGUCAUUCAGCAGCAGCACCAGCAGUUCCUGGAGAAGCAGAAACAGUACCAGCAGCAGAUCCACAUGAACAAACUGCUAUCGAAAUCUAUUGAACAACUGAAGCAGCCAGGCAGCCACCUUGAAGAAGCGGAGGAGGAGCUUCAGGGGGACCAGUCCAUGGAAGACAGAGCAACUGCUAGCGACAGCAGCACUAGGAAGGACAGCAGUGUUCCUCUGGAUGAUACGCUGGGACAAGCUGGGGCUGUGAAGGUCAAGGAGGAGCCAGUGGACAGCGAGGAAGAAGCUCAGAUACAGGAAAUGGAAUGUGGGGAGCAGGCUGCUUUUAUGCAACAGCCACCCUUGCUGGAACCAUCACACACAUGUGCACUCCCAGCGCACCAGGCUCGGUUGGCUGCGGUUGGCAUCGACGGAUUGGAGAAGCACGGACUCCUGUCCAGGACCCAUUCUUCCCCUGCGGCCUCCACGUUACCUCACCCAGCAGCAGACUGUCCCAGCCAGCGUGCCUCUGCCACUGGAAUUGCCUAUGACCCUCUGAUGCUGAAACAUCAGUGCAUCUGUGGUAGCUCCACCCCCCACCCUGAGCACGCUGGGCGAAUACAGAGCAUCUGGUCACGGCUGCAAGAAACUGGGCUCCUAAGUAAAUGUGAGCGAAUUCAAGGUCGAAAAGCCAGCCUGGAGGAAAUACAGCUUGUUCACUCUCAGCAUCACUCACUGUUGUACGGCACCAGCCCGCUGGACGGACAGAAGCUGGACCCCAGGACGCUCCUAGGUGACGAUUCUCGAAAGUUCUUUUCGUCCUUACCUUGUGGUGGACUUGGGGUGGACAGUGACACCAUUUGGAAUGAGCUGCACACGUCCGGUGCUGCACGCAUGGCUGUUGGCUGUGUCAUUGAGCUGGCUUCCAAAGUGGCCUCGGGGGAGCUGAAGAAUGGCUUUGCUGUUGUGAGGCCCCCAGGCCAUCAUGCUGAAGAGUCUGCAGCCAUGGGGUUCUGCUUUUUUAAUUCAGUUGCAAUUACCGCCAAAUACUUGAGAGACCAACUAAAUAUAAGCAAGAUAUUGAUUGUAGAUCUGGAUGUUCACCAUGGAAACGGUACACAGCAGGCCUUUUAUGCUGACCCCAGCAUCCUGUACAUUUCACUCCAUCGCUAUGAUGAAGGGAACUUUUUCCCUGGCAGUGGAGCCCCGAAUGAGGUUGGAAUAGGUCUGGGAGAAGGCUACAACAUCAACAUUGCCUGGACAGGUGGCCUUGACCCCCCUAUGGGAGAUAUUGAGUACCUCGAAGCCUUCAGGACUGUUGUGAUGCCUGUGGCCAGAGAGUUCCAUCCAGACAUGGUCCUGGUUUCUGCUGGAUUUGAUGCAUUGGAAGGCCACACCCCUCCACUAGGGGGUUACAAAGUGACAGCAAAAUGCUUUGGCCAUUUGACGAAGCAGUUGAUGACACUGGCUGAUGGACGUGUGGCACUGGCCCUCGAAGGAGGACAUGACCUGACAGCCAUCUGUGACGCAUCUGAAGCCUGCAUAAAUGCCCUUCUAGGAAAUGAGCUGGGCCCUCUCGAGGAAGAUGCUCUACACCAGACGCCGAAUACGAAUGCUGCCGCUUCCUUACAGAAGGUCAUUGAAAUCCAAAGCAAAUAUUGGAAGUCAAUCAAGAUGGUAGCUGUUUCGAGGGGCUGUGCUCUGCCUCGUUCUCAGCUGCAAGAGGAAACAGAGACCGUUUCUGCACUAGCUUCCCUGACAGUAGAUGUGGAACAGCCAUUUGCUCAGGAAGAUGGCAGAACUGCUGGUGAGCCCAUGGAAGAGGAGCCCGCCUUGUGAAGUGCCAAGUCUCCCCCGAUAUUUCCUGUGUGUGACAUCAUUGUGUAUCCCCCCCACAACCCCAGCACCCUCAGACAUGUCUACAGCCUGGGUGGCACAGUUUGAUGGAACAUAAACACUGGGCACAAAAUUCUGAACAGCAGCUUCACUUGUUCUUUGGAUGGACUUGAAAGGGCAUUACAGAUUCCUGAAAUGUAACCAGUGAUUCUAAAGUUACAGUAACCAGGAUUGGAAGAAACUGUUUCCAGCAUGCUUUUAUGCUGGUGACCCACUCCCAGACACAAAGUGUGAGCUAGCAACGUUCCACACCGCCUUGGAUAGUGUUCAUUUCAGAAACUAUGGCAGUCAGUGAAAAUUUGGGCAAAACCUGAGACACAUUCAUUCCUGACAUUCUGAUCUUCGUCUUAUUGUGUCGUUUACUGUCAAAUAGACUUAAAUUGUUUACAGGAUUUCUUCUAGCUAUGAGUGGAUGGGAAUCGCAGACAGAUUACUUGGGAGGUGGGGUACGGAACUUUUUCGCUAUGUUAUGUUUUUGUUUUGUUUCAUUUUGCUUUGAUUUUUUGCAUUUGUUCUAGCACACUUCUACCCCUCCUGGGAAGAGUUCAGGAUGGACCUGGGGUAUGGGGGAAAAAUCAUACUGUUAUUGGACAAUCCAAAAGGAACUUGCACGCUGUAGGCAAUCUUUUAUGUGUCAAAUUUUGUUGGAAUUUCACAUUUGUCUCAAGUUCUCACAGGAUAUGAACUGGCAGUUUUGUCGGGUAACACGGUCUCUCCACCCUCAGCAAUGCCACCACAAGGACAGUGGCUUCUGGAGGUGCAUCCCUUAGGAGGUGGACAGUCACUGAAAAGCACAUAACCUCUCAAGGGCGGUAGUUUCUUCCAAAUCUAAGACUCCCUCUCCCCACCUUCCUUGCCCUGUCCUCCUGCUUCCUUUCCUCUCUUGCCUGGCAUCCUUAAAUCCCCAUUACUCAGGGGAUUUAAGCAUUUUGUUUAUUUUGUUUAUUUUUCAAGUUAGCCCACUUUUAUUAUCUGAUUCUACUGUGAAACUAUUUCAGCACAUAUGGCUCAAACGAUGCCCCCAAGUUUUCUAGGUCUCAGAAACGUGUCGGUGAGGAGGUCUAUGAUCCCUUUGAAGGGGCUAAGCUAGGAGUUAUGCCUUCACAUGAAAACUAACACAGAACUCAAACCUUGCACAGGUAGCCUUCCUAGCAAAGGUUCGAAAUAAAAGACAUUUCUCGCAGAGAUUAGAAACAGCUUAGUAAGUAAAAUACAAGGGAGUUAGCUGCUGCCUCUGAAAAUGGUAUUUCAGUGUGUAACUCAAACACCUAAAGACAGUGAUGUAGAAUACCUCACAUAUUUAAUAUCUGACAAUGCUUUUGAACAUUGAUGUUUCUUUUUAUAUAUUUUCCUAACUCAAAGGAUAUAUUAAAGCCAUAAGUGAAGAUUGUCAUGCUUUUAUUCAGAAAUCUGAAAGGAACCUUAAUUAAAACAAGGUUUUAGGGGAGGCUGAGGUAUGAAAGACAUGGGACAAUGUGGUUUUGGUUAGGGAGGACUCCAACCUGUAAAUCAAAGAUGAAAGAUCUCACUCACGUAGAAUUACAUAACUCCCCUUUGUUAUACAGUCAGACCACAUUUUUCAUACAUUUGGUUUUAUUAGGAUUACCAUUUUAAUUUUAAAGACUUUUAUUAUAUAUACAAAAUGGCUCCGAACUAGGUUUAACAUCUUAGAAAUUUGAGACACCCUUUGAAAUAAGAAAUCUGAAAUGGAAUGUAACCUGGUAUUAGGUAAAAAUUAUUUUCAUUGCAUAAGGGUUAAGUCAAUCUAGACUCAUUUGUAAUAAAUUUCUUAGUAAAUUCCGUUUUCUUUAUGUUUUAGAGAAAUUCAUGUCAUUUAAAUUUGCAGGCUCUCUCUCUCUCUCUCUCUCUCUAUCUCUCUCUCUGACUGUCUCUCUCUCUCCCUCUCUUAAUUGGAGAAAUUUUCUUAAAGAAAACCAAGGGCUCACAAUAGACCUUCUUACCUUAAACUGGAAAAAAGUUAUCAUACUUCAAAAAAAGGUACAUUCUUGUGAAACUUUAAAAUCAGCUUUAGAAUUGCGCAUUCCCAUUGUUACUCUUCAGUCCUGUUGGAUCCUGAGACAAAACAAGGCAGCAGAAAUGCAUUAAAGUGACCUGACCUCAUAAGGUGACUUGUCACCCUCAUGAAGACAAAUCACUGGGACAUCUAUAGAUUUUCAAAAUACUUAUGAAAGGGUUAACCACACACUCCCUCCAGCCUUGUGCUGAUAUACUAAGCCAUUGCGAUACAGAGCGUUAGAACACUGGGAGGGGCAGAGAGACUGUGGUGGGGACUCAUCACGAGUUAAGUGUAGUCGUUCAGAGGUGACGCGUUUGGUUACAUAUCCUCUUACCAGAUCAAGGGCGUGCCCCAAAGGGCAGAAUGAAAAUUUCAGCAUUCUUCUAAAACUGACCAGCACUUUUAAACCAAUAGUCAAACUGGUGUAGUUUUCCUCACCUACACGCUUGGGUUUCACUGUUCCCAAUGGCCCCCAGUGGACGCCAUGGAAGAAGCAAAAUGGCUCCUGAGUCUCAUUCUGACCUGCCCUUUAAAAAGAUGACCGCAGGAACUCCGUCACAGUCAAACAAAACUCACGCACAGUGAAAUAAAAUAAUGAUGUUUUGAGAAACGUGUGAGUAAAUAAUGCUGAGUUUAAAUAACAGAAACAGAGAAAUGUUGAAAAUCAGUUUUGUGUUCUAUAUGGUUUGAUGUUUUAUUUUAGGCCGAAUGAAGCAGCCCUAGUAAGGAGUUAGCAAGUACGGACACGAAUAAUAAUUUAGGCUUUGAUACUACAGGAAAAACAUUGGAAGAGAAAUAAUUUUUACAUAUUUUAGCAAAUUUGUAAUAUCCAGAUGGGAGAGAGAACUCAGAUUUUGGAGAUAUUUGUUAAAAACAAACAAACAAAAAAACCCAAAACUCAAAUUUUCUGUCCACAGUCUUAGGUACAGAAACCGUUCCUUCAGUGUUGGCUAUGACCCUCUGGGGGCAUUUUCACUCAUCUAACUGAAAACACAAAUGGCCUUGAAAACGGGGCAUCUCCUCCCACAAAAACUUCAAAAAUUGUGAGACUAGUCUCUGCUAAUGGACCAGACUUGUUUUAUUUCUAGAGGUCAGUCACAAAGCUUUGUGAAUUUACUGGGUAUCUUUACAGACUCCACACGAGAGUAAACAAAUGUGCUCCAGAGAAUCUGCUGGAAGAAAAGCCCUCUUCAUUCAGCGCUUUUAAGCUUUUUUUACAUUUUAUUUCAGCAUGUAUUACUAAGGCACUUUAUUAAAAUACUUUAUUUCUCAUUUCAGAAUCUCUCCUCUAUUUUUCUCAAUGAAAGCAGGUGUUAAAAUCUAAUCGUUCUCAUUAAAACAAAUCAGAAACAGCCAUUCUGUCAAAGCGUGACAUAGUCUUUUCUAGUCUUGUCUGUCUUAACAUUCUUUUUCUGUCUUUGGAAAUGAAAUAAUGUUCUUCUUGAGAUAGAUGGGGGGGGACACAAAUGACACACCUGUUGUGCUACUUCCAUAAAGAGGGCAUUUUCACCUCCAAAUGUAGUAAAAAGUGGACUGUCUGAGGUAGAGAACAAAGGCUCUCCAGGGUCGUCACAGCUGGCCAUUGCUGUGGUCACACAGCACCAGCCCUUCUCUGUAUCCCAAGGACACAAUUAUAUUUUGGUCUCUGGUAGAAAUCUGCACUAUUUACUGCCCUUUGACAGAAAUAUUAUAGAGGCUUCCAAUCGCUUCCUCAACACCAUCACCAAAACAUGUAAAUGUCUAUUCUGUGGCUCUGUUCCCUGGAUGGAUUUACAUAGGAAAUCAAAGGCUUGUCUCCCAGAACUAACAUCUUGGUUUUGCUUCUUACUUGAGGAAGUAGUGAGGGACGAUGUGCAAGCAGAGGCUAAAAAUUUUAAAUCAACAUGAGAAAUAUGAAUACACACACACACUCACACACACACACACACACACACACACACACACACAUAUUUGGGACUAUUGAAUUUUAUUUCUCCAAACCAAUGGCAGUACAUACAAUCUAUCAUUCCUACCUACAAUAUAUUAAGAAAUUACUGUGUUCAUUACUAACAAAUAUUUUGUGAAUAGCUCCAUCAGAGAAAUCUUAGACCAUUGAUCUGACACUGAUGGAACUUCAUUUCAAUGCUAAGACAUUAGAGUUGUUAUCAUUUCUCAAACUGUCUUGAUUCUCAAACUAGAGCAGUUAGCAAAUACAUAAUCCACUCUACAGUGCCAAUAUUCCUAAUCAGUCAUAUCCUUUCCUCCCUCUCCAUUUCCUUUGCUUGCCUGCCAAUACUAACUUGGCAUAUCUAAACAAUCAGAAUAAUCUCUGAGCUCUCUAUGCUUUGUGUUUCCCUAGAAGAAACAACCCUUUAAGUUUUCCUUCUGAGACCUCAUAAGUCAUAGUUCUCUUCAUGCACUUUAUCUAAGUCCUAGUCUAUACCUUGAUGUGUUUUCACUUGUUCCUUAUCAAGAGACACCUGACUUACCUACCCUCACCUAAAAGGACACUUAAACUAGGCUUUAUUCUAUACUUGGGGCUUGCCGCUUUCUUUUAUUAAUGGAGAAUUUUAUUUUUGUGUCAAAUACAAUUUCCACCAUUUUUGCUACUAUCCAAUUGAGUAGUGUUGAUUAUCAGGCAGGGAGGAUUGUGCACACACUCUCCAUGCCCUUUGGGAGAUGUUUUUGUGAGUCAAACCCAGAAGUACACAUGACUAUCCAAAGUAAAAAAAAAAAAAAAAAAAAAAAAAAAA